GUCGUGGAUUGUGUGCGUCGGCGUUCAUUUGUUUCGACUACGGUCCUAUUGAUACCGCGUGUAAAGCAUACGCCAUUGCCGUCGUCCAUGAUGGCUGCAGCUGCAGGUGCAAAUAAUAAUAGUUUUUCGCAGAAUCCCGCAUUUGCUGACGCUGUUCAACGUGCUAAACAGAUUGCUGCCAAAAUCCAGCCUGGUGGUCAAAAGCGACCAUUGGAAGAAGGGGAAGGUAUGGAUCGUAUGGGAGAUGACACCACAGGCCCAGAUGCGAAGCGAAUAGCCAACAACGAUGGGUCCCCAGUGUUCAUGGGCCUGGCCGGCAAUGGCCCACCAAUGGGUGGCAUGGGCCGACCAAACAUGGGUCCUCCAGGAGUAGGGGGUGGAUCUGAGCAGGAGGAGAUAUCUGUUCCUGACAAGAUGGUUGGGCUCAUCAUCGGUCGCGGUGGAGAACAAAUUACACGCUUACAACGUGAAAGUGGUGCCAAGAUUCAGAUGGCACAGGAUAGUCAAGGCCGACCAGAGCGACUUUGUACCUUAUCUGGCACUCGGGAUGCCAUCGCUCGCGCCCGCGAUCUCAUAUUUGAGAUUGUCAACAAAGGCGACGGCCCUGAACGACGGCGAAGAGACAUGGGACCGCCUACUGGUCCUCCUGGUCUCGAGGGCAACGGUGGGGCCAUGGUUGAAAUAAGCAUACCUGGACCAAAGGUUGGUCUCAUCAUAGGCAAGAAUGGCGAGACCAUCAAGGGUCUGCAGGAGAAGAGUGGUGCUAAGAUGGUCAUCAUACAGGACGGGCCUCAGCAAGAGGAUGAGAAGCCUUUGCGUAUCACUGGUGAACAGCACAAGGUGGAGAUGGCAAAGCAGCUCGUCUAUGACCUCAUUGCUGAGAAGGAGACACAGGCCGCUCAGUUCGGAGGUCGGAGAGGAGGUCGUGGAGGUUUCAGGGGAGACCGCAAUGACCGGGGAGGUGGCAGGGACAGAGACCGCGACGACUUUGGGGAAGAUCGAGACUCCCCACAGGAUGGGCGAUUUGGUGGUGGCCGUGGAGGCCGUGGAGGCUUUAACUGGGGUCGUGGUGGCCCAAUGGGCGGCCGUGGGGGCUUUGGGCCCGGCGGUCCUGGUGGCCCACCAGGUAUGGGCCCAGGCGGACCUGGCGGCCCUAUGGGCCGAGGAGGACCAAUGGGACCUGGUGGACCAGGAGGACCCGGUGGCCAGAUUGGUCGCGAUGGGAAGAUGGAGGUGUACUUCAACGUCCCCUCCACUAAAUGCGGCCUUGUGAUCGGCAAAGGUGGUGAGACAAUCCGUCAAAUUAAUCAGGAGUCCAACGCGCACUGUGAACUGGACCGUCGGCCGCCCCAUAACCCCAUGGAGAAAACCUUCAUCAUAAGAGGAAUGCCCGAGCACAUCGAAGUCGCCAAGAGGAUGAUCUGUGAGAAAGCUGGCAUGGAUCCAAGUCAAGCGAUGGGACCUGGUGGCCCAGGUGGUCCCCCUGGAGGUCCUGGUGGUCCAGGAGGUCCUGGACCUGGCGGGCCUGGCAACUUUGGAGCUCCUCAGGGCUGGGGCAACGCCUACCAACAGUGGAACCAGGGACCUCCCAACGACCCAAGCAAGCAGAACGCAGACGCCAACGCUGCUGCUUGGGCUGCAUAUUAUCAGUACUUCGGUGGGGCUGGUGGCCAAAACCAGCCUCCCGCACAACCUCCCAACCAACCUCAGCCUCCACCACAGCAGCCUCAGCCACCCCAGCCUCAGCCUGCUGCCGCUCAGCCUGGAGGCCAAGCAGACUACUCAGCGGAGUGGGUCGAGUACUACCGCAGCAUGGGCAAGCUGAGGGAGGCAGAGGCUAUCGAGCAACAAGCCAUGUCUUUGAAGCAGCAGCAACAGCAGGCCGCCCCUGCUCCGGUACCUCAGCAGCCACAGCCUGCGGGUGGCGUGCAGCAAGACUACUCGCAGCAGUGGAUCGAUUACUACAGGUCUCAAGGCAUGCAUGCCGAGGCGGAUAAAUUUGAAGCUCAGCUCAAGUCUCAGAAGGCCGGUGGAGGGGCUCCUCCAGCAGUGCCAGCUGCCAUGGCUGCCCCCCAGGGGGCACCUACUGCCAACGGUGCGGCCGCUGCUCCCCCAGGUGGCCAGGACUACUCGCAACAAUGGAUACAGUAUUUCAGGUCUCAAGGAUUGCAUUCCGAAGCCGAUAAAAUCGAGGCCCAGAUGAAGGCUGGCAAGCCUCAACCUCCCACCGGUGGAGCCCCUGCUGGAGCUCCCGUGUAUGGGGGUCAGUACAACCCUGGCGGAUAUUAAAGCACCUCUCAGAACCUUUUGUUGCCUUCAAGCCCACGUGAUGUUGGUUUAGCGAGUCAAAGUGUCAAUGUUGCCUAGUUAUCUAUAACUAUGGGAGCGUCCAUGCAAAAUCUUCGACCAUGUGUACCAUAAGUUUGCGUACCUACCUACAAAUCAUUUAUGAAGAGUGUCACAUCUAUGUCACGUGUAUGAUUGAGUGAGAGCUAUAGCAGGACUUCAGCGACUACGUGCAGAGUGUGACGAAGGAACCGCAUCAACAUGGAUCAUGUUUUUCGAGCUGAAAUAAGAGUGUAUCUUGUAUUUGAGAGCCCCUGGGCUGCUCUGUAUCUCUUAAGCUCUAAGACAGCAUGGCUCGCUGAACCUUUGCGUUGACUAGAGGCGCGCGUCUUGUAAAUAGCAUAGGUCUAAUAGAUAAAGCCUAGGUUUUGCGAUGGUGUACGGCUUUGGCCUUAAGUGCUCUCAGACCUCUCUCCUCAAUUACGUGAUAUUGUUCGUAUUUAUCCGCCCCUUAGGGCAAAUGCCGGAAUUUUAAUUCGUGAUAUUCAUAUCAUUGUUUAUUAAUGACGACGGCUCUUCUCUGUUCCUUCUUUGCAAAUUAUUUUUUUCGUACUAUAAUUGAUAGACUGCUCUUUUGUGACUUGUAUAUUCUUUCAUUGAUGUACAUUUCGAUGCAUAAUCAUCGCCCUCCCCUUUUUCAGGCGUUUCUUGUUUGAUCAUUAAUUUGUUGCCAUACGACGCUACGGCUAAAUGCUUUUGGUGUGUUCUUCUUUACCACUUACCGUGCAGUAAAUGUUGCCCACAGCUUAUUUUAUACUCAUGCAGGUUUUCCGGUCACAGUAAGUUACGCAUUCAUUAUCGACUAUACAAUAUUAGCGCACUUGUCUUGUCCACUCUCUCAAGUAUGUUGAUGGCAACUCUUUAUUUUAUAAUUAAUAAUUUGGCUAUUCUCCAAAUAUUUGAAUAUUGCUAGAAUGUCGGCUGACGGUGAAUCUCUUUUUAUUUUCUUAUUUUUUGGCUUAGUUUGCCAUUGAAAACCAUCACCUCUCUUUAACACGUUCACACCUUGAUGAUGUUUCGAUGACACUUUUAUCAUUACAAUAUCUCGCCAGGCUCGUUUCAGACCCGAGGUAAGCUAUUAUUAAAUUUCAAACAUGACUAAUUUCCUUUAGUGGUGAUGAAUUCGGUAAAUUUGAAUUAGUUGUUCUAUCAAGCGGUAUUGCUUGAGAGCAAAAUUUACUACUGUGUGAGCCUUUGAAAUCGGUGUUUCAUUUAUUGGUGUUGUUUAUUAUCUGAAAUCGGUUCUAUGCAAUUAUUCGUCAUUGAUGCUUACCUAUUACCCUGAAUUUUCAACGUAUUUGACCUCAACUGAACAUGUUUAUUUGGCCUCGCCCGUGGUUAGGUAUGCCUACAUGCAUGCCCGAUCAUUCUCUUACUCUAGGCACACCUUCGACCGGAGCAGACGCCGCUACUAAUAUGGCACACUUACAUGCAGGCACUCGUAACCCUGAUUUGUUGUCUAAUGAAAUAAUAUGCGUAGCCACAUCAAUGCAUAUGCCGUUAUUCUUCUUCUUGGUGCUCUCGUUCUAUGUUGUGAGGAGACAGAUUUUAAGAGCCUGUGUGACACGAGUGACUGCAGUCAACCCCAUCGCUGGGCUUCCUAAGCAGCGCUGCUUUUGCAACAGGUAAAUUUAAUUGAUUAAAUGCUUAUUUCAUCAACGACCAAUGCUGGAUUUUUCUUGAAAAAUUCUAUCCUAAUGAUUGCUUGGCUAUUCAUUGACAUGUACGAAUGACUUUUUUUUUCAAUCGUGUAUUUAUUUCGCAUUGUAUACUCUGAAUUAACCCGAAAGUUCCCUGGACAGCAACUAUUUACUAUCGUCGUUAUUUCUCUGUAGGUCUUUUGCUUGCGUCAUUUUAUUGCAUCGAUAUUACUGCAGGAGUUCAUCACGGACAUUUUGUGCACUUCUUCCUCAAUUUCGUGAUUUUCAUUCUAUGAAUAAUUUUUUUUAGAAUUAUAUGAUCGUUUUCGGGGCUUUAACCGAAGAUCGCUGCCACCGACAAUGGGUUUCGCCUGCAAUGAUUUUCUGAAUUUCUUAGUGUCAUGUAAUUCUUGUGAGAUUUUUUCGUUGUUCAUUGAAAAUUUAAUGGAAAGAGGAGGAGAGAGAGGUCUGUUGCAUUCUGCCUAGCCUUAAAUGCUGUCGCGCGCUAUGAUCUUCGAAAACUUUGUCUGUUUCAUGUCAUUUUUAGACCUAAUGUGCUGUACUUCACCGUAACAGAGGAUUAAGAGGGAUUUCUCUAGCUUUAGCAGUAAUUAAUUCUGUGUUAUAAUGUUGUUGAAGGAUCAACAUUUGAGGAGUUAUGCUAUUUUGCGUUGGUGGCUUAGAAAUACGUGCUACCGAACUUUUUUUCCGCUGCCAAUAUACGUGUUGAUUAUAAUAUUGGUAGGCCUCUUGAAUGUUCAUUUGAAGCGUAGAUCAUGAUUUGAUAACAAUAAACAUAUGUACAACA